AUGACGACCCCCCCCAGCUCAUUCCAGCAGGAGCCCCUGACUCCCCCCAGCUCAUUCCAGCAGGAGCCCCUGACCCCCCCCAGACCCCCCCACUCCUCCCUGAAGCCCAACCAGGUGGGUCAAGUGGUUCUGUAUGGUGUACCCAUCGUCUCCUUGGUGAUUGACCAUCAGGAGCGGCUGUGUCUGGCCCAGAUCUCCAACACUUUGCUAAAGAACUACAGCUAUAACGAGAUCCACAACCGCCGCGUGGCGCUGGGUAUCACCUGUGUUCAGUGCACCCCUGUCCAGCUGGAGAUCCUGAGGCGAGCUGGCGCCAUGCCCAUCUCCUCCCGCCGCUGUGGCAUGAUCACCAAGCGAGAGGCGGAGCGGCUGUGUAAGUCCUUCCUGGGGGAGAACAACCCCCCCAAACUGCCUGACAACUUCGCCUUUGAUGUGUCACACGAGUGUGCCUGGGGUAGUCGUGGUAACUUCAUCCCAGCGCGCUACAACAGCAGCAGAGCCAAGUGCAUCAAGUGUUCCUACUGUAGCAUGUACUUCUCUCCUAACAAGUUCAUCUUCCACUCUCACCGUACUCCUGAAGCCAAGUACAUCCAGCCGGACGCUGCUAACUUCAACUCCUGGAGACGCCACCUGAAGCUGUCAGAUAAAACCCCUCCUGAUGACCUGGCGUUUGCCUGGGAGGACGUGAAGGCCAUGUUUAAUGGUGGCAGCAGGAAGCGGUGUCUACCCUCAUCUCACUGCUCCGCCAUGGGGCCGGGGAAGGUUGUGAACUCUGGUCUGCCCCACAUGAUGACCCCUGACCUGGUCCAGAAGAGGAGCCGCUUCGAGGAGGAGGAGGACCUGGAUGGAAGCAGCCUGUCUCCCCGUAAGAACACUCGCAGCUACCCGGUGAUCCCUGUGCCCAGUAAAGGGUUCGGCAUGCUGCAGAAGUUCCCCCCUACCUCCCUGUUCCCCAACCCUUACUCCUUCCCAGCCUUCAGCCUCUGUCAUCAGAAGAAAGAUGACAGUGAGGUGGCUGGAGGACAGAAGAACACUGGUCUAUCAGGUCUGCUGUGGCCAGGUCGUAAAGACACCUUCUACCCUCCGUUCUGCAUGUUCUGGCCCCCUAGGACUGCUGGGGGCCUCCCAGUGCCCACCUACCUGCAGCCACAACGCUCCGUCAACACUCUGUCCUCAUUGGCCGAGAGCCCCUCCCUCAGGCAGGCCUUCCUCGACCUAUCAGAGCCCCCACACCCAGGGGCGGGGCCAGGCAUGAGAGCCACACCCAGGUCAGGUCUGUUUGACCUUGACUCCUCCACCCUGACCUCUGACUUGCACCCUGUGACCUCAGAGGGCUGGCUGAAGGUGUUGGACACCCCGUCUCUCCAGGCUAGGAAAGCCUACUACCACUCAGCCUUCCGACCCGUCGUCAAAGAUGCAGAAAGCAUCGCCAAGCUCCAUGGCAACCUGGAUGAGUUUGGAUCAGAGCUCCACCUGUCCCCCGGGACCAGCUGCAGCUACACUCAUAAAAGCAGAGACCAUGGACUGCCUGUUUAUGCAACCAAAGAAAACUCCAAAACAGCUGAUGAAAACAAAGAACCUAGCAGCUUCUUUGUAUCAGAGACUAAAUCAUCUGACCCUGAGUACUGGAGAGAGAUGGCAGGGGAUCAAACUCAAGAUGGAAGUUCCCCUGUUCCACUAAAGGAGGAUGUUGAGAACAUGGAGAAAGAGGAACUCCAGAAGGUUCUAUUGGAACAGAUCGAUCUACGAAGACGACUAGAACAGGAGUUCCACGCUCUGAAGGGAAACUCCCCCUUCCCUGUGUUCCGUCUACCUCUCUGUAUCUAA